UUUUCUGAGCGCGAUGAUCACUUGUAAAGUGGCCGCGAUACAGAACGGAGUUGUUCCGCUGUCAUCUCCGGAAAAAUGAGUCUCCGAGUGCAGUUCUUAGUGUUCGUGAUGGUUUUACUGGGGACGUUAGUUGUUGAAAGCAGUGCAGUUAAUUCCGUUGAUCGACUAGAAAACGGACGCAUACGAACAAGGGUCAAGCUAGCCAAUCUCAAAUCACAACUACGAAAAUCUGCGACCAUUAAAUCGUCUCCUCCAGAAUUAGAUCAAUCGAUUCCUAAUUCGACUAAUAUGCCCAUACAUCAGCAAUCUGAAAAUACAGAUAUCAAACUACCGGGGAAUGUUUCGACAGAUGAAAUAUCUAACGAUCAUGACAAACCCGAUGAACAUUCAUCAGAUUUUCAACCUCAUCAUACCUCGUCCGAAAAGAAAAUAGGUGAAACUAGAUUAGCCGAUGAUGAUUCAAAAGCUAAUACCGAUACUCUGUAUUCGCCUGGCAACUUAAUUGGCAGAGGUGGAGAGAUUGUUCUGCCAGUACCACCUCCAGCUCUACAGGAAAUUUUAUCAUUUAUACAACCAGCCACAAGUACGACUAGUGUACCUUCUACCACGGAUGCUUCAAGUUCCACGGAUGGGACAAGUCCAACGAAUGCCGCUAUUAAUUCCAUUACCGUCAGCCCAGCAUCACUUCUAUUGAGUUUGCUUCCCACCAAUUCUUCCAAUGACACUUCUGCGAGUACUUUAGGAGGUUUAUUAAACCUCAUUUCUGUCAACAAUAGUCUCACCACUACUACUGAUGGUGAAGGUACAGACAAUCAACUCAUUAAUGCUACUACACAAGGUGAUAUUCCCAUCGGUUCGUCACAGGACACUGGUUUUGUCGGAGCAUUUCAGCAAAUCGGAUCAUUAAUUACCAACCCUUUCGGAAGUAAUAACUCCAACGGAAGCUCUGGAUCAACAAGCCCGGGUGGAAUAGUUUCCCAAUUUCAGACUGUGGGAUCCCAGAUAGCUGGAGGGGUAACGAAUGUUUCAAGCGCCUUCAUCGGAUCAAGUAACAGCGCUGACAGUAAUAAUACUGGCACAACAGAUGGAAUCAGUUCUCAGAUACAGAAUCUAGGAUCCCAAUUUGUUGGUGGAUUUCAAAAUGUUAGCACUCAAAUAACGAACGCUACUGGGAUAGCUAUCCCCACUUUUGGUGAUGUUCCUGUUGACAACAAUCUAGCAUCGGGAGUCUCGCAGGAUACAAGCAUUAUAGGAAGCUUACAGCAACUGGGAUCAUUGAUUACCAACCCUCUUGGCAGUAACAACACAAACAGCAGCUCGGUAUCUACAGGAAUUGGUGCGUUUCCUACGCAGGUUCAAAAUAUAGGUACUCAAAUAACAAGUGGAUUCUCAAACGUGUCAAGCGGCUUCCAAGGUUUGGCAGGUCAAUUCACUAAUUUAUCUAGUAUAUCUAUUCCUACACUGGGGGAUACCGCAGUUGCAAACGAGGUAACGUCACAGUCACCUCAAAAUACCAGUUUCUUCAAUACUUUGGUGCAAUUGGUUUCAUCGCCUGGGGAUGAAAAUAACAACACAAAUAUCGGUUCAACUAUUUCUCCUGACAUUUUGAACCCAAUCAAUAUUUCAAAUUUUUCGAACUCCUUUGCGAUAACCAACGAGACAUCGUCGCAAGCUUUGCAGGAUACGAGCGUCAUUGGUGGUAUUCAACAACUGGGAUCUCUGUUUACCAACCCGUUUGCCAACAAUAAUACGAACAGUAGCUCUGCAUCUGCUGGAUUAAGUGGUGUUUCCACCCAGCUACAAAAUCUAGGAACUCAAAUAUCAGGUGGAUUUACCAACGCUUCAGGUAAUCUUCAAGGAUUAGCUAGUCAAUUCCCAAGCACAUCUGGCUUAACAAUUCCCACACUGGGAGACACACCAAUUACCAACGGAACAACAUCGCAGACAUCCCAGAAUACCACGUUUUUGGGAGCAUUCCAGCAGGUCGGUUCACUACUUGCUAAUAGAGGCAAUAACUCUAAUAACGGCCCCGCUAUUGCUUCCCAACUUUUAAACUUAAUUACAUUAUCGAACGCCUCAAAUUUCGUUAGACUAAAUGAAGAAGCUGAUAACAACAACGAAGCUGAUCCAACAUCGCAAUUAAGAGCAGAAAUACCUAGCAAUUUUAAUAGCCCCAAGCAGGAUGACGAAGGUAUUCACGGCUUAUUCCAACAACUUGGCACAUACACAGCACCUCAAUCAGCAAGUCAAUUAAUAAAUAAUCUUAACAAAAAACAUGAAACAGACCAAAAUGAUGAAAUAAAUUCCAAAAACCCUAACAUAUCCAAUGAUGUAGGGAGCUUCACGAGUCAGGUACAGAAUUUCGGUGCUCAAUUAUUCCCAACUAGCGGAGCUCUGAAUUGGAAUUCGCUCAACAAUAUACCUGUGAUAGGGAGUUGGAUUGGAUCAAACAGCAAUCUUCAGUCGCAAGACAUCAAUGCAAGACCAACAUUGAGCUGUCCGUCUUGUGAAGAAGUUUGUGGAGUAGUGAACACCGCUGCCUCGCGUCGAUUUCGAGUAGUCGGUGGAAAUAGCGUUCAACCACCCAAUAAAUACCCAUGGAACGCUCGUUUCAUAUACUUCAACUCCGAUGCCGGUCAAGGAACACUAAUCAAUGACCGAGCCAUUCUCACGACGGCUACGACCGUCAAUAACAUGCCACUUUUCUCGCAAGCUUCAGCGUUGUUCAAUGUUUACGAUCUGCUGUCGACUACGGAAGAACGGCUGGAGAAAAAAAUUGCUAAAGUCAUUCCCCAUCCUCAGUUCGAUUCAAACAAUCCAUACGACAACAAUAUCGGAAUAGUGUUGGUUGACGGUCUGGUUCCUUUGUCCAAAACAUUUGUUCCAAUAUGCUUACCUACUUCGUUCGAUUCCUAUGGGGGAACGAAAGCUAUAGUCGUUGGUUGGGGCUCCAACACUUUAGGCGGUCAUCAAUCUCCAGUGCCACAGGAAGUUACGAUUCCACUCUAUACGAAUUAUGAAUGCAAGAUGGCCAACGGUAACCUUUCGAAUAAUAAUCUUUGCGGCGGAAUCGUGAAGCCAGCCUCGAAGGAAACUCUAGUGUCUACUUGCGAGGGUGACGAUGGCGCCGGUCUUAUGGCUCCCUCCAGAAUCAAUCAAAUCCAGAUGACACUAAUCGGUAUUACCGUACAGGUUCCCGGCAAAGGCUGUGGGGAAACAAACCAACCAGCCGUUUUCACAAACGUUCAGAACUUUAUAGAUUUCAUUAUUCACUACGGAAUUGGAUGCGGUUGCUAGAGGAAGUUUGGUGUUGAAAAUAAAGUUGAAUCGUGCUAUAUUCUAUAGAACAGUUAUAAACAUAUAUUCUUCUGAUCAAUACAGAUUUAUCGCACCACUAUGAGAA